AAAUCUCCUUGUAUUCUCUAGUAUACCUGGAGCAGAGAGAAGAUUAGUAAACAUUGAACCAGGAAGCUAAAUACAACUCUAGACUAGAAUGGUUCUACAGACUUCAAAGUACAUCUUGUUAUUUAGUCUCGCCUCUUUCUCUCAAGCAAAGACAGUACAAUUGACUAAUUUGGCGCCAAAACCUGGAGUUUACCUGCCAAACCUAGCGCGGUCGCUGGAGUAUACAAAUUUCGGUCACGAUGAGGGAACUCCCCCCAGAAGCAGCAGACAGAAGCGGUUCACAUCAUUCAGAUACAGACCAGAAUUGCUAGAAAACCUUGCCAUGAUCAGCAAUGGGCACAAUAUGUUGGACAGAAUCAGGGGAAUCGUUGGGGACAAAGCUGUUGAUCAGGAGAGAGAUCAGGGAACUGUAUUGAGAGAGAAAAUGAAAGAUCUGAUUAAGCUGAAGAGAGAACAGGCCCUGAGAGAAAAUGAUGAUGUUCAUAGCGCAGAUUCCCAGGAUGAGGCAGAGGCGUAUGUGGCAAAUCUUCUAAGGAUGAGGGGCGUGAAUCUAUCUGGUGCGAGCCGAGACAUCCUAAGGGCCCCUGAACAGUCCGGCAGAAAUCUUCUGAGGACCCCUGACAUGUCGUAUUUGAGCUUGAAAGCGGAUUCUAUUCCGAGGAAGAUGAAUGAGGGGUCCCUGACUCCACGACUGAGAACUAAUGAGGAAAUGCUCCAAUCCCUGAGAUACCAUCAUGCUAAGGAUAAGUUUGAUGGAGUAUCUGAAUACCAACCUAUUGGUAUUUAAACUUGAAUCUGACAGAUAUAUGUAAACCUGGCAUCAAACUAAUAUUGUCAUAUCAUCAAAGAAUUAAACCAUUGAUUGACGUAUAUAUAUAAAUAUGUAAAUUGAUCAUCAGAACGCUUCAUUCAUUGUUAAUCGUUAAUAAAUGUAAUUAACCUAAAUUUAAAGAAAAUAUAUAUAAAAUUGUUUUUACCAAUUGAAACAUC